UGUAAACCCAGAUAAUAAACAAACAUAAAACAUAUUAAUGCAAAAGCACUGGCUGCUUCCAGUUAGCACUGGGAGAAGGCAGGAGAUGGAUUUGGAUUCCUUACUUUCAUGACAUGAUGACGGCUUCAACAAAUAUGUAAAACAAUAAGUUUUAUAAAAGUUUCUGCAGCUUUAAGAGCUUCAACAUGGCAUUAGUGUCUGGUGAUCCCAAACAUCAGCAGACCUGCAGCAGAAUGACAGAAAGGAGGACAAAUUAAGGUUCUGCAAUGUCCUAGUCAAAGUCUGGCCUGAUUGAAACGCUGUGGUGGGAGCUGGUUUGAAGCAGUACUGAAGAGUGGAGCUAAAUUCCUCCACUGCUGAGAAUGGCUGCUGCUGUAGGAGGUUUAGCCAUGUUUCAUUUCAGUCUCUGGUAAAUAAACUUUACAGUGAAGUUCAAAGAGAAAAAACUGGAAUAAUCAAGUGCAAGUUCUCCAGGAGGAGGAUUGUUUCCAGUUUGCGCUGACUCAGUCGGUGUAAUUAUAAACUCCAUCCUGUGUUUGGUUGAGCCCUGGUGACUCAUCCAUUCAGAACAACCAUCUACCAAGUGCCAAAGUUGGGGCCAGCCUCCCUCCUCUCCACCCAUCUCAUUCUUUCCUACUCGGGCACUCGCACCCAUCUGCAGACGCUCAGUAACAGACCAGCAGCCAGGGGAACAGCGCUCCGGUCCGAAGACACUCAGAAGAACCAGCAAACGAGUCGGAGAAGAUCGACGACUAGUUUCCUCUUCGUCUAGCAGGAUUUAAAAAAGGCUCUGAGGUGAAAUGGCGACACCCAAAAACACUCCUAGAGGCGGAAGCACCCCGCUGUCCCCCAACCGCAUCACCCGGCUGCAGGAGAAGGAGGAUCUCUCCAACCUCAAUGACCGUCUGGCCGUCUACAUCGACAAGGUGCGCUCCCUGGAGGCGGAGAACGCCGGCCUGCGUCUGCGCAUCACCGAGUCCGAGACGGAGGUGACCCGGGAGCUGACUGGCCUGAAGGCCGCCUACGAGACCGAGCUGGCCGACGCCCGGCAGACUCUGGACUCGGUGGCCAAGGAGCGGGCGAGGCUCCAGCUGGAGCUGGGCAAAGUAAGGGAGGACCACAAGGAGCUGAAGGCCAGGAACACCAAGAAGGAGUCGGAGCUGGCGGCCGCCCUGCAGAGACUCAGAGACCUGGAGGCUCUGCUGAACUCCAAGGACGCCUCUCUGACGACGGCUCUGGGAGAGAAACGCAGCCUGGAUGCAGAGAACCGGGACCUGAAGGCCCAGGUGGCGAAGCUGGAAACCAGUUUGGGUGACGCGAAGAAGCAGCUGCAGGAUGAGAUGCUGCGCAGGGUGGAUGGAGAGAACCGGAUCCAGACGCUGAAGGAGGAGCUGGACUUUCAGAAGAACCUUUACUCUGAGGAGCUGCGGGAGACGAAGCGUCGCCACGAGUCCCGCGUGGUGGAGCUGGAUAACGGCCGCCAGCAGGAGUUCGAGAGCAAACUGGCCGAAGCGCUGGCAGAAAUGCGCAGCCAGCAUGAGCUGCAGAUUAAACUGUACAAGGAGGAGAUAGAGAAGACCUACAAUGCCAAGCUGGAGAGCGCCCGUCAGUCCGCGGACAGGAGCAGCCACCUGGUCGGCGCCGCCCACGAGGAGCUGCAGCAGACCCGGAUCCGCCUGGAGUCCACGUCCGCCCAGCUCAGCCAGCUGCAGAAACAGCUGGCGGCCCGCGAGGCGAAGCUGAGGGAACUGGAGGACGCCCUGUCGCGGGAGCGGGACACGACCCGCCGGCUGCUGGGGGAGAAGGACCGGGAGAUGGCGGAGAUGAGGCAGCGCAUGCAGCAGCAGCUGGACGAGUACCAGGAGCUGCUGGACGUGAAGCUGGCUCUGGACAUGGAGAUCUGCGCCUACAGGAAGCUGCUGGAGGGAGAGGAGGAGAGGCUGCGUCUGUCCCCCAGCCCUCCUCCCACCAGAGUGACAGGAAGUCGCUCCUCCACCUCCGCGGCCCACUCCCGCUCGCUCCACGGCAGCGCUCGCAGCUCCCCGGCGAAGAGGCGGCGCCACAACGACACCGACAGCGAGGCGUCCAGCUUCGCCGGCAGCGCCGUGGCGCGCACCCGCAUCACCCAGCAGGCCUCGGCCAGCGGGCGGGUCACCGUGGACGAGGUGGACCUGGACGGGAAGUACGUCCGACUCAGCAACAAGGCGGAUGAGGACCAGAAUCUGGGGAACUGGCAGCUGAAGCGGCAGAUCGGAUCAAACUCUCCGAUCAUCUUCAAGUUCCCGGCUAAGUUCACCCUGAAGGCCGGUCAGAGAGUCACGAUCUGGGCCUCUAGCUCUGGGGGAGUCCACAACCCUCCUUCAGACCUGCUGUGGAAGACCCAGAGCUCCUGGGGAACCGGAGACCAGUUCCAGACCACCCUGAUCAGCGCCAACGGAGAGGAGAUGGCCAUGAGGAAGGUAACCCGCACUCAGUUUGAAGAUGAAGAUGAAGACAUGCAGGUGGCUCACAGCACCUGCGCAGAUGGCGAGUACAACCUGCGCAGCCGGACCGUCCUCUGCGGCUCCUGUGGACUUCCGUCUGACAAAUCCAGCACCUGCUCCGUGUCGUCUGCGUCCCGCUCGUUCCGCAGCGGAGGAAUCUCUGAAGGAUUGGUGCCGCAGUCGUACGUGUUCAGCAGCAGCACACCUCGCAAGACUGGAUCCAGGAUGGAAAGCUGUCCGAUCAUGUGAACACGUCGACCAAUGAAGAAGUUUAUCUUUUAUAUGAGUAUCGUUUAGAAAUUAUUAGCUUUUAGUUUUCUUUUUAUACUUUUAACAUUUUUCAGGUUGUAUUAAUUCUGACUUUUAUAUUAAUUUCCAUUGUGCACCCAUGCAUGCUUAAAGAUAAGACUUGACUUAUGAUUAAAAGUUUAGUUUUUCCUUUGAGAAAAACUAAGAGAAAAUGUUUUUGUAUGUUUUUUAUCCUUUUAUAUUCAAUUCUGUUUCCUGUCUUUUAGCUUCAGUUAAAUCUGACUUGUGUCAUUAUCAAUAACAUUAUUUUAGCUAAACUGGACUACAUAACUGCAGAAAAUGUAUUUUCCUGAUAUAAAUAAAAAAAUAUUUUCUAAAAAUGUA